AGGCACAGAGCCACAGUUCACCGGUCAGACAGACCGUCAGAGUUCCCGAGUCCACGGCUGCACACGUCGCUGCUUCCUCUCCACUCCCAAGUCCCACCCCGCGUCCGCCUCCAACCCCGGGCCCCUCCAAUCUCGCCGCUGCCGCCAUGCCUCCGGCCGCCGCCGUCGCCUUCCUCUCCCCCGCCGUCGCGGUGUCCAGCCGCGCGCUCCCGCUCCGGCGGGCGAGGCACCUCGCCGUCCGCGCCGUCGCCUCCCCUCCCGCCUCCAAGGCCAAGCCCGCCCCGCCGCCCUCCAAGACUGGGAAAUGGGAGUGGAGAUUUGAGGAUAAGCCGAUAAAUAUUUACUAUGAGGAGCAUGAGCAGGACACUUAUGAGAAUGUGAAGAACAUCCUCAUGAUCCCUACAAUCUCAGAUGUUAGCACAGUGGAGGAAUGGAGGGUGGUUGCCAAAGAUAUUGUUGGGCGAAAAGGAGAACUAGGCUACCGUGCUACUAUUGUUGAUUGGCCUGGACUUGGUUAUUCAGAUAGACCAUCACUGAACUAUAAUGCUGAUGUGAUGGAGAAUUUCCUGGUGCAGCUUGUGAAUUCACCAAAUAGUCCAGUGGCAAAUGCAGAUGAUGAGCUCGUAAUUGUUGGAGGUGGUCAUGCAGCAACAAUAGCAGUCCGUGCAGCUGGUAAGGGCCUUAUCAGACCAUCUGCCGUUGCUGCUGUUGCACCUACUUGGGCUGGACCCCUUCCCAUCGUAUUUGGCCGAGGUUCUGAUAUGGAAACAAGGUAUGGGCUUCUACGAGGAACACUCAGGGCUCCAGCCAUCGGCUGGAUGAUGUACAACGUUCUGGUGAGCAACGAGAAGUCCAUCCAGUCUCAGUACAAGUCCCAUGUCUAUGCCAACCCUGAGAACGUGACACCAGACAUCAUUGAGAGCCGAUACGAGCUAACCAAAAGGAAAGGUGCACGGUAUGUCCCUGCCGCGUUCCUGACAGGCCUCCUUGAUCCUGUCCAGUCAAGGGAAGAAUUCCUCCAGUUGUUUGCCAAGUUGGACGGAGAUACACAUGUUCUGAUCGUGUCGACACUUAACGCCCCCAAGAGGUCCAAGGCUGAGAUGGAGGCUCUCAAGGGCGCAAAAGGCGUGACCAAAUUCGUUGAGGUUCCAGGUGCUCUUCUGCCUCAGGAAGAGUACCCCUUGGCAGUUGCGGAGGAGCUCUACAGCUUCCUCCAGGAAUCAUUCGCAGCGAGAAGAUGAAUGUGCGUGCGUGCAAUUACGCCGAAGCCAGAUUCAAGCCCCACACUUUGUGAGUAAAUUCAUGAACCUGCUACGGUGUACUGGAGCUUUUAGCAACAAUAAAGCAGCAUCACUUAUUCA